CUCCAACCGCACCACCGAGGACGCGCUCUCCGCGCUCUUCAACGACCUCAACUGGUGGUCGCGACUGCGGGAGGUGACGCUGCUGCUGAUGCGGCCGCCCGGCGGCAGCAGCGGGCUGUUCGGACCCGGGUUGGGUUUCGGAGCGCUGCGGGGGUUGGCUGCGCUGGGGCGGCUGCGAGGGCUGGUGACGGAGGGGUGCGAGGCGGGUGCGGUGAUGGCGGCGGCGGCUAGCUGCCCACACCUCACCAAGCUGGUCCUGCGCUCCCGCGACUCCCCACUCGGCACUCCCUGCGGCGCGGGGGACCGAUCCCUG